UGUUAUAAAAAUAUUUCAAACGUUUGUUAGAUCUAGAUUUACUCAAUGUCUUCAUUUCACUUCCUGUCACGACACCGACAACUCCCCUCGCAUCAAUUUUUACACUGAAAUACAGUCAAGCGAGUUUAAAAUGAGUUGAGAAGUCACCGAGAACCAUGAUCAAAGCCAUUCUCGUUUUCAAUAAUCACGGAAAGCCUCGGCUUUCCAAAUUUUACCAAUAUUUCCAGGAAGACGUUCAGCAGCAGAUCAUCAGAGAGACAUUUCACCUGGUGUCCAAGCGGGAUGAGAACGUCUGCAAUUUUUUGGAGGGAGGAACUUUAAUCGGAGGAUCUGACUACAAGAUAAUAUACAGACAUUAUGCUACCCUGUUCUUCGUUUUCUGCGUGGAUUCUUCAGAGAGUGAGCUGGGAAUCCUAGAUUUAAUACAGGUUUUUGUGGAAACACUGGACAAAUGUUUUGAGAAUGUUUGUGAGUUGGAUCUCAUCUUCCAUGUGGACAGGGUACACAACAUUUUAUCGGAGCUUGUGAUGGGAGGAAUGGUUCUGGAGACUAACAUGUCAGAAAUCCUGACCAGAACAGAGGAACAGAGCAAACUGGAAAAAUCAGAGGCUGGAAUUACUGCUGCGCCAGCUCGAGCCGUUUCUGCCAUGAAGGACAUGAAUCUGCCACAGAAAAUCAAAGACAUUAAACUUCCCGAUCUCCCAAAUAUUCUGAAGAACUGAUCACAUUCACGUCGUCAUCUUCUAUCAGCUGUCCUGACUAAUCAGUCGUGACCCGUUAUCUUCAUGUCAGUGUUGUGAAGUUAGCCGUCAAUAUAAAGACAACGCGGAGACAAUAUUUUAUAAAGAAUAUUAUUUUACUGUUGUAAUGUUAGCCCUGAUGUAGAUCUAUGUCAGAAUAAAAGUCUGGAUGUGAAA